CAGCACAUGAUAACAGACAUUAUCCAUUUAGCAGGGGAAGUAGUAGCACUUAAACAUUCAAUGGAAAAAAUUCAUAUGAACUAUAGUUCAAUUUGAAGCUUAAUUUAGAUCAAAAUGCUGACCUCAAAGGCAAGCUAAAUAAGUUGAUGUAUAGCCACAUCCCACUUUCACAUCCAGUGAAAACAAAGCUGUAUUCAUAGCAGUUGUAUGCAUUGGCUAAUGAUUAAUGCAAGUCUAAUAUUCACAGUUUUACAUCAUCCUAAGAAAUAUCUUACUUUUAGAAAGACUCUGUCCGUCUUGUGUUGCUUUCACCCGGCAGCAUGGAGUGGGUUUAUUAUUUUGCUGAACAUGGUGGAAGGUUUAAAGGAUAGGGACGGCAUAUUAGGUAAGUGUGUGGCUUAAAACAAACCGAAACAAACAAUAAAAAAAUAAAAAAACAAUACAGGGCUAAAAAUCUCCACAGCAGAAUUACGUGUUAAUUAUCAUGGUUAUUAUUACACGUUGUGUUUGUACAAGCACGCACACUUUUCACAUUCAUUUGAUUCAUUUUUCUAUAAUUUUUAAUUAUGUGAUGUAAAGCAUCUUCGAGUACUUCAAAAAAGCGCUAUAACAAUGUAAUGCAUUAUUUUUCUUUUUAUUAUUUUUAUUGUCAAAUAUUGUAAUGCACAUUUAAAGGCCCAUUGUGUGGUUUUUAAGACCGUUCCUAAAUUGUAUCACAGUAAUAAACCCUAUUAAAAUGUGACCAUGAGCUGGUUAAGGCUGUGGCCAUCGGGAGACUCCACUGCACGCCUCAUCGAGUCUCAUCUCCAUCUCCAUCGCCUCUCGUUUCAUUGAUGUCUAUUUUGUUUUAUGAAUGAAGAGCAGAGGAGGGGAAAGGGGAUGGGACUCUGGACGCUUUGCCAUUGGCUGCUACCGGUUGACGUCACCUCCGCCGUGACGCGGUGCACCCAUUCACAACACACGCACACACAAAAAAAGAAAAGGAAAACAGAAAAAAGAGAAACAAUCCUGAGGAGAAACACUCGCAGAGGGAGAGAGGGAAAGAGGGAAGAGGGGACAGGACGGAGCGCGAAGAGUAGUGCGGUCACGAUGCGCGCAUAGAGAGGCAAGCCGCCGCAGGAUCCCACGUUUGGAGGGGGGUGAAGGGGAGAUAAACAGACAGACAGGCAGGCAGACAGGCAGACACUCACCCACACACACAGACCAGAGGAGAUAACCCCUCGGUGAAACAGCCCGAAGCGACGUGCGAUGGAGGACCUGGGCGAGAUGGACUGUCCGGUGGUGAAGCGCUUCCUCAAGGACGACAGCGCCAAGUGCCUGCUGCUGGACUGCCGCUCCUUCCUCGCCUUCAACGCGGGACACAUCCGCGGCGCCGUCAACGCCCGCUGCAACACCAUCGUCCGCCGCAGAGCCAAGGGCUCCGUGCUCAGCCUGGACCAGAUCCUGGCCGGGGACGAGGAGGUGCGCGGCCGCCUGCGCUCCGGGAUGUACUCCGCCGUGGUUCUGUACGACGAGAGGACGCCGGACUCCGACACCGUGAAGGAGGACAGCACGCUGACGCUGGUGCUCAACGCAGUGUGCGGGGACUCCUCCGGCACGCAGAUAUACCUGCUCAAAGGUGGAUACGACAGGUUUUUCUCAGAGUACCCGGAGUUUUGUAUCAAGACCAAAUCCUUACCGACCCUCACCAGCCAGUCCAGCAUCGAGUCUUCCUGCUCGUCUUGUGGGACUCCACACCACGACCAGGCCGGCCCAGUUGAGAUUCUCCCGUUCCUCUACCUCGGUAGCGCCCUUCACGCCUCAAAGAAAGAGGUUCUGGACGCCACAGGAAUCUCCGCCUUGCUGAAUGUGUCCGCCGACUGUCCCAACCACUUCGAGGGGGCGUACCAGUACAAAUGUAUUCCCGUGGAGGACAACCAUAAAGAAGACAUCAGCUGCUGGUUCCUGGAGGCCAUUGAGUUCAUAGAUUCCGUGCGGGACUCCAGCGGGCGAGUGCUGGUCCAUUGUCAGGCGGGCAUCUCGCGCUCCGCCACCAUCUGCCUGGCCUACCUGAUGAAGAGGAAGCGGGUGCGUCUUGACGAGGCCUUUGAGUUCGUGCGGCGGCGGCGCAGCAUCAUCUCGCCCAACUUCAGCUUCAUGGGGCAGCUGCUGCAGUUCGAAUCCCAGCUCCUCGCCACCUCCUGCGCCGCCGAGGCGGCCGCCACGUCGAGCCCGCUGCUCGGACCCAAGUCCUCGACGACGGCCGCGGCGGCGGCGGCGGCCACGCCCACCUCUCCGUUCAUUUUUAACUUCCCGGUUUCGGUGGUGAACGCCGCCUACCUGCACCACAGCCCGAUCACGACCUCCCCCGGCUGCUGAUGGACGGCCGGUCGCUAAAUAACCAACUCGGAACAUUGUGCUGGAAGAGUCGUCCGUCCUGCUGCCCGCCGCAGUGCGAACACGCUUCCAGGGCGAGGAGGCGAGAGGCGUCACUGUGCCUGAUUUAAAAACUCAAAUACUUGGGGAAAAACACUUUUUAUUGUCCAGAGACCAGCCAACGCUCCUUCCACAAGAUGUCUUCAAAUUGACCAAAAAUGGACUGGCUCCACCUGAAAAAAACAACAACACACACACACACGUUGACACGGGAGGACAUGAGCGGCAGCACACACUCUCUCUCCGCCUCGGUCUCACACACACACAUUCAUGACUACCAACUGAAUAAGCUCAGUAUGCAGACAGGGCCUGUUGCUAUGGAGACAACAGGUCUUUAGGAGAGGAGAUGGACACAGGAAGGAAGGAGGAAUUUUAAGCACCCGCUCUUUCUCCUUUGGGUGUCCCUCCUGUUGCCAGACAAAAGAGAUGGAUGGAAGGAGGGGAGGAGACGGUGAUAGAAAGCAGGAGCCUCUUCCGUGACAGGUGCUCUGACCGGAGCUUCCUGUCUUCAUUACGUCCUCUUCCUCUCUCUGUCUCUCCCCCACACCUUCCUCUCCUCUCAUCUCCUUUUCAUCCUUUUAUAUUCCUUCCCCCCCCCUCCUCCUCCUCCUCCUCUCAUCUCUGCCUCUCAUCUUCGCCUCGUCCGCCCCCUCUCCUCUGCUCCUCACCUCCUCACUGAAGAGGCAAAAUAAAUAGAAUAAGUUGCCAAAUAAAGGCCAAGGCUCUGGGAAAUGAACUGGGAAACCCCAUUAGAGGCCCCUGAUACACACUGUAGGAAACCCCUUCAGCUACAUGUCAAAAACAUUUUUGUUUUUGCGAGAAAGGUCGAGCAUAAUUUUCCUUUUUUAAGAUCAGAGGAGACAUUUUGCAGCAGUGUCUGGAAGGCGUCCACUUUAAGGACCACCCUGGUGGAUUUGUAUGUUUUAAUGCAUUAUAAAUUAUCUAUCUUUACUUUUAACCAUAUGUGAAACAUGCAUACCUUCUGAGACAUUGGUUUCAAUUAGUUUCUCGUUUUAAUUUUUUAAUUGUAUUUUGAAAUCAGCUGAAAACAGCUUUGGAGAUUUUAAUUUUAAUUUGUUCUUUAGAUCUAAAAUGUGCAUCACCAGCGAGUGGUCCUUUUUUAAGAUGUGUGUGCCUUGUUCACAAAGGUAUCCCAUAAAGUAGAGAGGUGCUAGAAAGCAGAUUGCUGAAUGUCCAUAUUAGGCAUUACACUGACAUCAAUAUGACCUUUUUAAAAAUAGCAAUUGCUCAGGCCGGCAACAAAAAAUUCCAUAUAUAUUUUUAAAGCAGUGUGACGGCAGAUGUACAAAGACAAACUUGAAAGUAAUAUAAUGAUAAUCAGACAAAAAAAGCAUUGGUAUUCCUUGACAUCUAAAAUAUGAGACAUUUUAUCGGCAACAUGUGUUUUUCUGUUCAUAACAUUGUGGCUGCAUUUUAAAGAGAGAACAUUCACACUGCUUACAAAACAUCAGGGAGCCUGUGUUGUUCUUCGUGAGGGGAAUCCAGGUUAAGAAAAAAACACACAAUCACUUCCUGACUUCACUUUUUAAAUCCAAACUGAAUAACAGAGUGAUGGAAACAGACACGCCAGGAGAGCUUCGUGCUUUGAGACCAUAAACCAAUAACCGGUAUUUGUCCUUUUAUGAGUCAGUUGAUUCUUUGGUUUUGAGGUGCUCUCCGUGGCACUUUGGAGUCUUGCAAUACUUACAAUCCACUCAAGGACAACAGCGACAGCAGUGACGUUUUAGGUCGUAACACACACACAUCAAGUCACAUUUUUUAUAACAUCACAAUCUAAGACGGUGUUUGUAUCGCUUAUGCUUUUAGGCUGAGCUUUACACUCUGUGCUAGACAUCCAAAGGCACACAUUUUAACCAUGGUUGCUUUUAUUCCCUCGGUCUUGAUAUAUAUAUAUAUACACACACACACACAGGAAACAAACACCUUUUAUUUCUGUUUCUGAAGAUUGUCGGCACCUAUCUCUGUAGCACUUUGAAGUGAUGCAAUACUGUAUUUAUACUUCAUGAUUGAUUUGUACAUCGUGGUGAUGGUAGACUGACUAGACUUUGCAUAUAGACAUUUUGUCUUUCUAGUGAGAGACAGAGAGAGAAAAGAGAGGCAAUCAGUGAAAAACGCAAUACUUUGGACACAUCUCUGGUAUCUGUCUGUCCGUCGGCCUCUCUGUGUUAGUCCAUCUGUCUAGAGUCUAGACUCUCUCUGUCUGGUCGAUGCUGUUUACCUAUCAUGGCAAUAUCAAUCCUCCACUUGGAAAUUUAUAUAUAUAUAUUUUUAAAAAAUCUUUCCCUCAAUUUUAUUGUGGAAUGAAUCUGUGCAUUUAUUUAUUACUGAAGAUCCGCUGUUGAAUAAACAAUGUUCUUAAUUAAUA